AUGCAAGGAGAGGAUUACGGAUACGACUACGACUACUUGUUCAAGAUUGUACUCAUCGGAGAUUCAGGUGUUGGUAAGUCAAACCUUCUUUCGAGAUUUACAGCAAAUGAGUUCAAUCUUGACUCAAAGACUACGAUCGGCGUUGAAUUCGCUACAAGGACUAUCGAAGUGGAAGGAAAAAAAAUAAAGGCUCAAAUUUGGGAUACCGCAGGUCAGGAACGUUACCGUGCAAUUACAACAGCGUACUAUAGAGCUGCUGUUGGUGCUUUAAUAGUGUACGAUAUUACAAAGUCUAGCUCCUAUGAAAAUUGUAACCACUGGUUGGCCGAAUUAAAGCAAAACGCCGAUGAGAACGUUGCUGUUGGACUUAUUGGUAACAAAUCUGAUUUAGAUCAUAAGCGUGCAGUUCCUACUGAUGAAGCUAGAAACUAUGCACAAGAAAACCAACUACUUUUCACAGAAACUAGUGCGUUGAAUGCUGAUAAUGUCGACGAAGCUUUUAGAGCUUUAAUCACCGCUAUCUACCAAAUGAUCUGCAAAAAUCAACUGGAUUUGAAUGACACUUCCGGAAACAACGCAAAUGCACCAAAAGGACCUACUAUCUCGUUGACUCCUGCUCCAAAUGAAAAACACAAGAAAAGCUCCAACAACUGUUGUUAA